AAUAGAAAUGGAAGGCACCGUUCAAGACUUCAAGUUUUGUUCAUCGAACGCUGUAUCCGGGAUGGAACCAAACCCACAAGCUUGACCCGACGCUUCACCCGCCGAUUCUUCUUCCUCGGACAGAAAGCAUUGUGCAGUCAAGUUGCCACAGUCGCAGUACUGGUCACAGAUCGUGUCCUCUCGUCCCAACCCAGAAAUCCAACAGCCCUCAUUGAUCCGAAAGAGGGUCCAGAAGCGAAUUUCCAUUCAUCUUCCAAUAAUUUAGUGAGAUCUGUUAGUUGUCAAGGCAACAUGGAUGUGCACUUGAAGAGUCUGUUUACAAGAUUUCAUGAACAAUUUGGAUCCGGGCCGGGACUGGGUCCCGGAUCUGGAACAUGCCUGAUGAGGGUGGAAGGCAUUUCCCCUCCUUUCAUUAAAUCACUGUACAGAGCUGCUGCAGCUUUAUACAGGACUGAUCCGUGGAAACGAUUGCGUCCGGGACAUCUUUUUGGUGUAAGGGUUGGGAAGGAUUCAGAUUGGUCCGGCAAGAAACAGCCUUUUCCAUGCAUUCAGUUCAUAGGAGGGGAUGGUGGAGAUUUAGGGUUUAACAUGUUCCGAUCUGAAAAUGACGCGAGGAGGAUGGCUGGUUCUAGGGAAACAAUUCGGGUUCCUAAUGUUCAGGUAUUGAGAGUAACCUAUGAGCUGGAGCAACUGAUGUUUCCAUCGAAUAAGAGGAUGAUUAAGUCACUGCCAUUAGAAGUGUCGGGUACUGAUCGUUUCCCUGUGAUUGAUGUGGCUCGUUGCACCCCAUCUGGCGGGCUUCAGUUCAGGAAUCCCAACCUCGAAGAGCUUAGAUUUGUGUAUGCAGUUAUGAGAGCCAUUUCAUUAGUGCACCCAUUGCUUCAACAAGAUAAUAAUGCUGGUCCAAAGUGGUCUACAACCAUAUAUUUUGAACCAUUCAUUGAAACAGUUGAUGUGAACUGGCCUCCUGAAAUGGCCAAGGGUAAUGAUCUUGUUGCAGUCACCAUCUCGCAUCCGCCCGGUCAGGGGUACGAGGUAAAGACCAGCUCAACAGCUAGCUCAACGCCCACUAAGUUUUCAGAGGAAUCUAAGGAGGAGACUUUUGUGGAGGUGAAAGCGAUCUCAAGUUUUGGGUUGAGGCAGUGUGUCAUGUGUGAAAAAGAAGUUCACGGAGAACAGUCUAUCUGUUGCAACCGGUGUCGUGCUGUGGUUUACUGCAGUGCCCUCUGCCAGAAGAAGCAUUGGAAGGAAAGUCAUAAAAGCGUGUGUGGUCUUUACGAGGCCAUGAUGGAAAGAGAAGAAGAGUUGGCAAUGAAUAUAUUCAUAUUUCCAUGCUCUGCCGAUCAGCCAUGUAAGUGGCUUGAAUCACUGGGUAUCCAUCAGAAGGGCAUGUGGCGCAGGAAGUGCAGUUGUUAUUCUCACUGCCCUUAUGGCCUGCUUCCUGUUAAAGAUGGACUUUGGGAUUCAUGGGGUGGGCUGGAUGAUGAUGAGUAUCCCGGUGAGUCUUAUUUUCAUGAUCAUUUAAGAAGUGAGGCUUCAAGUCCCAUCCUUCUAUCUGGGUGGUCAGAAUACUAUAACCUUCGCUCACUGCCCAUGUCAAGUCCUGUUGCAGAUAUCCUCUCCCAUCCCUUGACAGUCUACUACAUUUUAACGGCACUCAGUGUUAGUUCAAAGAACUUACUGGUCAAAGGCAAAGAGGUGAUACUUCACUACCUUGGCCCUGAAGGAGAAUUGGAUUGGAUGCCGGCAUUUGCUGAGAUUGGUCAUCUACUUAAUGGGAUUGGCAAUCUACAGAUAGUGAUGGUGGGGCCUGGAGUUCCAACAAACUUAUCUGGGACAACUUCAGGAAUAAGCAGCAGAGUGAGGGUAAAUCUUGUGAGGGGUCUUUAUCAGGAUGAAGCCACUUACCUGUCUUCUCCCGAUGUAAUUGUCACACUGAACUGUGGGUUGGAGAACUCAACGAGCUGGGGUGGAGCCCUUGAUUUGAUCAAGUCCACAGGCGUCCCAGCAUUCUUCACUGAUCAGUCUGAAAUUUCAUGCUCAAAUGCUAAACAAGUUCUUCGAAAUGCUGGACUGCAUAUUACUCAACCUGUGACCCCAAAUCCUUUCCGUUCACCAGUGAGGAGUCGUGGACCUUCUAGCAAUCUUCCAUCAUAUAGCAAUUGUUUUGUGCUUGGCGUGAACACAUGAAAUCAAAACAAAGAGACUGAUGAGCACCUGUGAGUUCUACCCAACGUUAUCUGCUUGUUAUCAUGUCAAGUGAUGCCCCGAAGGCAAUGCUUUGCGGAUAAGUGAUACAAGCAAGAAGCAUUUCUCAUCAGUAUCCCUUGUUUAACGUAAUUCAUUGAAACUUUUUAUGUUCAUUAUCUGUAAGCUACUUCAUUGUUGUAGAAUUUGUUCGCAGUUGUUUACCUUCUGUUCCCCUAUGUGUGUACCCCAAUGUUUUCUAUGUAGCAUAACGAACCAACCCUUAUUAUAGACGUCCCUCAUAAGUACACAUUUGUACCCCGACACUAUCAUCAUCGGAACCUAUUCUAUACUGAAAACACUAUUCCA